AUGUGUUGUAUUAUUAAGCCAGGAUUAAAGAAGUUGGUUAUUGUUGGGUUAGUAUUGGGUCUAAUUAGUUGCAAUAGUGAGGAUAGAAUUGAACGAGAUCAAUGCAUACGAUAUAGCAACUCGUAUGGUCUAACGUCUAAUCAGACCCAAAUUGGCCUGGAAUUAAGUCGAGCAUAUAAUCUAGAUGGAAUGUUUCAAGGCCAUUCUUGUCCCAUAUACUGCCCGGCCAGGCAAACAGAUUACAAUAUGUUCCUUGAUUGCCGACCGCGUGAGUCCGCACAACACGAGCGGAUGGGGUUCUUUGGUAUUAGGAAGGACAUACAGAUUUUAUAUUCAACCCCACCGGUUUAUUUGGCCAUAACAGGAGCGAUUAAAACCAAACAUCACGGCAAUCGUUGGAUCAAAGCAACUUGGUUAUGGCUUACUGAGAAAUCCUUUGGCAACCCGGUGUUGGCAGAUCUUAAGAUUCUUCUUAUCAAACACUAUAUCAGCAAAACACAAUUGUUGAUAGUUGAAUGGCGUGAGACAAUUUCCCCUUAUCUGGGAUCAAAUAUAGCAACUACUUGCCCAGAAGUUCUAAAACAAGCCAAUGUUAUUUGCCAGAAAAAGGCCCUUCUUAUUAUUAACCCACCUCUUUAUUAUCCGAAACGGGCCAAUAAUAGCCCAUUCCCACCUUAUUUUCUAUCUUUCUAUCGCGAUUUCUUUAAGGAUAUCAAAGAAAGAUUCAAGUCCAUCUAUUUCCUACUCAACCAGAAUGCUAAAUGCACACCCAAAUCUGUGCCCGAUUUCGGAAUGUUCCUUGAACUGAUACAUCAUCCAAUAGAUCUUCUAUUCAUUACUGCAACUGACACAGCGUUGGAAAAGGCCACCCUAACAAUGAGGUACCUCGGAAAUACCUAUUCGCCACACAUCAAAGCCGCUUAUUUUGUGCAUAAAUUGAUCUUCCAUUUGGAAGGCAUCGAUUUAUACCAGGUUGAAUUAUACGACCAAAUCACGAUCAAUUAUUUGGCCAUUCUAGCACAUUCUUGGCGUAACACUCUAGAGCAAAUUCUCUUUAAUCCCAAGCUAGUUAUAACAGGUCUUCAACGCAUCCGAAUAACUCUGGACAAUGGGGAGUUGAUGGUACCAGGCCAGAAGCAAUCUAGGGGCACAGUCGAAUUUAGAUUGACAGUUUUGUUUGUUGAGGAAGUUUCAAUAAUACUACCAUUGCUUAAUAAGAAUCGCGUGUUUUCCUAUCCUCAAGACUACGAUAAUAUCUUCUCUCUAAUAGCUACAGUUCUUACAAUGAUCGGGCUCAGUUCAACAAAAGACAUGGUUACAUCUGUUGAGCUCAAUAAAAAGGACAUAACAGACUAUUUCAAAGCAAGCACAAGACCGUGGACAAUGCCCAACAUAGCUUAUAAUGAGCAUUGCCAAAGAUGGGUAACAGUUCAGCUGCGCAUGUUUGUGUACUAUGCACACUGUUUGAAGAGUAUACUUGCUCAAAAUCGCAUAGACCCUGAGCUAACUCUAUAUUUUCAAAACAAGCUAAGCUUCCUGAAUAUGAUCCAAGAGCAUGACGGUAAUAUCACAACCCUUAGCUCAUGCACUAUUCUAGUACUUCAACAGUGCAACACCCAAACUAGCCUAAUGCUAAUUAUAUUGAAGGAGUGGUAUACCCUGCCAAUAGAACAGCGCCUCACUUGCGAGAUAGUAAUAAGCCAGGCCAUUCUAUUAGGUACUAUUGCCUGCCGGCUGCUGCUUCAUCUAGAAAGUCCACCCCCAGACAUGCUAUCUAAAUGGGCUAGAAUCUGGAACGACUGGGCGUCCAUCGUACUUGACCAUGAUAAAGUACGGCGAAUCGCACACGAAUUAGAAUCUUUAGAAGCAGGCAAACCAUCUACCUCCCUUUAG